AUGUUCUACUGCUUCGUCGUCCGUGAAGAAGAUAGAGACCUUCUCAGAUUCUUCUGGUUCCUGGACAACGACCCGACCAAGGAAGUGGUGGAGUACAGGAUGCGAGUUCACGUGUUCAGAAACGGUCCUUCACCGGCUGUCGCAACGUACGGUCAGCGACGAACGGCCAUGGAGGGUAAAGAGGAGUUUGGAACCGACGGCAGGGAAUUCGUGGAAAGAAAUUUCUACGUUGACGAUGGACUUACACCCCUCCCUACCGAACAGGCUGCCAUCGAUCUUCUCCGAAGGACGCGGGACAUGCUGUCAACAGCGAACCUGAGGCUGCAUAAGAUAGCCUCUAAUAGUGUCACUGUAACGAACGCUUUCUCAUCGGACGAAUACGCCACGGACCUAAAGGAUCUGCGAUCGGACGUGCCUCCAUCACAGCGUAGCCUGGGCCUACGUUGGGACAUCAAAGACGACACCUUCACGUUCCAUGUUCCUCCAAACGAGAAGCCACACACAAAGCGGGGAGUCUUGUCGACCGUUAACAGCCUGUACGACCCGCUGGGAUUUGCUGCGCCUGUCACGAUACAGGGACGACUUCUGCUCAGAGAGCUAUCAUCACUAACUCAGGAUUGGGACGAUGAGCUUCCCAAGAGCAAAGAGUGGGAAACCUGGAGAGACUCUCUGCCGGCACUGAACAAAAUUGAGAUCUCCCGUACGUACGAUGCGAUCUCCCUCAGCUCAGCGUGCCGUAGGGAGCUGUGCAUAUUCUCUGAUGCAUCAACGAAGGCUAUCGCAGCAGUGGCCUACUUGAGAAGCACAGACUCUUCGGGCGAGACUCACGUCGGCUUCGUCCUCCGGAAGGUGAAACUUGCACCGAAACGGGAGCACACGAUCCCGAGACUGGAACUCUGUGGAACUGUGCUUGCGGUCGAGAUGGCAGACGUCAUCGUCAACGAACUGGACGUCAGCCUCGACGCCAUAAAAUUCUACACGGACAGCAGAGUGGUACUGGGAUACAUAUGCAACGAGUCGAGACGAUUCUACGUGUAUGUCAGCAACAGAGUUGAGCGCAUACGCAGGUCAAGCCAUCCUGGUCAGUGGAACUACGUUCCCAGCGAGAAGAGCCCUGCCGACGUAGCCACAAGAACAGUCUGCUGGUCGUCUCGCUGA